GGCGAUCGAGCUAGUCGCUUCUGAGCCGUUGCUCAGCUCGUUGAAGCCGGGUCCCUCAAUCCUUCGAAUAAACUUGAUUUUUGAAUUAAAAAUCACGAAUUUAUGCGGGAUUUAUCGAGGUUUUUCACUAGAAUUUGCAGUCGAAUCAAACGAACGGAUUCGCGUAAACAUAAAUUAUAACGAAUAAAUCGCGGUCGGUAAAAAAUAAAUGUUUGGUGAUUUCAACGCACGAACUAGCGACGUUCCGCGCAUGAAAACUCGCGACGAGUGAAUAGUUUCCCCGCAAAAACGCGGUCAAUUUCAGUGUCGUUAAUCUCACACGAAAAUAUAAACGACUUGUUAAUUUUUUCGAAAAUAGCCAGAGCACGCUAUUUGCUGAACGCGACAAUAAAUCAUUAUUCGACUAAUUUCAUAUGCUCGCACUCGGAUUUCAAUCGGUCACUUGGCACACUCCAGUUCUGCCGAUGUUAAAAAAUUCGAGGUAGGAAGCACGUGCCAUGGGAGUCGCUUUGGGGUCACUCUCGACGAUCACGUCGAUACUGAAUAAUGAGUUACAUAUUUUUACGUCGCUAGUCAGAUAAAUUAAUAACACCCUUCCUUUUUUGUGUUGCUAAUUGAGAAAGUGCAGUUUUUUGGUGAUGGUGUUCCUUCCAUUAUUGAAAAGGAAGUCCGUUAAUCGAUGAUUUCCGAUUAAACAAAAUUGGAACAACUCAAUCGGUUCAUUCGCAUCGAAUACUCGAUUCAUAACCUAAAACGAAAGUUCUCGCGACACUUUUUUAUUCUCGAAACCCACACGUCAAAAUAAUAUCGAAAUGAUUCAAAACUUGUAUGAUUUGAGACGAUACGAGCCAUAAGUUGCUCCGGGAUGAUCGAGAAUAAUCUCGGAUUCUUCGAGUGACGAAAAUUUGUUGGGAGGAAAAAGAAUCGUUGGCAGGUGACUCGUCUCGCGCGAAGUGUGUCGACGGGCCUUCUCUCUACCGGAGGCACAGUGUCAACACGAGCAUCGAAGUUUAUUGAGAAAAAACGUUGGCUGAUGUAGCGCAAUGUUUUUUGGUUGGACCGUUCUGGCGGCGGCUGUUUGCCUGCUUAUAGGUGCCGACAGUCAAUUCAGCGACAAUACGCCGCCAGUUAUGUGGCUUCAACGUAAUUGGGUAUUGCCGGAUUCCGAACCCGUUGGAAGCAUCGUUGACAGGGUUAGAGCCGGAGACAACGAGCAGGACGAUCUGACAUUUGGUUUGGAGCCCCUCGGCCACAGUUACAACGGCGACGACAGUCCUCAGCCGCCAUUACCAUUUUCCAUAAACAACGCAACUGGUGUGGUUUUUCUCAAUGACACUCUCAAAGGAAGGGGAGGCCAGAACCUGUUUCUAUACGUGACCGUCUCCGAUGGUCAACUGACUGCGAAGACCGAGGUUUACGUCAACAUAAAGAAUAGUUCGUCGCCCAAUGGAGGACACACAAGGUCUCCGUUCCCGAGUCAACACGGCUCCGGCGGACGAAUACAUCCUCCGCUGAUUGGUCUCCCCAAUUUGCCAAGCUAUCCGAUGGUUCAUCCGCCGAUGGUCUCGUCGCCAGUUGGCAACGGACAAAAAACUACGAAACUUCAGCCGGAGUCACCUCGACCGGAAUUCGAAACGACCCGUCGAACGACUACAACGAAAGGCCUGCCCGAAGAAUCUCCUGAAGCUAACGAGGUCGAAGGCACAGCCCUUACCUCCAAGAUAUCGCCGAGCCAGGCACCACCCAGCCAAGAUAUGGCCAUAACCUUGGUACCAGUAGCGGCUGUUUGCGUCUUGCUCCUUGGUUUUGGCCUCGGCGUCUGGUCUAUCAGAAACAAGUUUUGCACCGCCCGAAAGUGCAAGGAGGACACGAAAGAACAAGCUUCCGUGAGCGUGUCAAAUCUUUCGGACGAUCCUUCUCUCGUCCUCAAAAGAUGGCGAGGCCAAAAGGCUAAAAGCAACAGAUACGAGCCUUGGGAAAGAGACAAUCAUGCCGGCGUGCAAACGAAAAUUCAGAGUGAUAAGUGGGAAUUUCCAAGACACAGACUUAAGGUUUUUAACAUUCUCGGGGAGGGUUGUUUCGGUCAAGUAUGGCGAAGCGAAGCUAUCGACAUAGACGAUAAGCCCGGUCCAUCGAUAGUGGCAGUUAAAACCCUGAAGGAAAAUGCAACCGAGCGGGAGCGGUUGGACCUCGCACAGGAGCUCAAGGUCAUGAAAAGCCUCGAGCCGCAUCCGAAUGUCGUUCGUUUGCUCGGUUGCUGUACAGAGCGAGAACCAAUGUUUGUUAUUUUAGAGUACGUGAGCGGUGGGAAGCUUCAAAGUUUUUUGAGAGCUUCGAGAGAAGAGAGAAAUCAUGGCGGACCAGGUUUGACGUCGCGGGAUCUAACGAGUUUCGUCUAUCAGGUGGCAAAAGGAAUGGAAUAUUUAGCCUCAAAAGGUAUAAUUCAUCGAGAUCUAGCAGCUCGAAAUAUUCUGAUAGACGAGAAUCGUGCUUGUAAGGUAGCCGAUUUCGGGUUCGCUCGAGACGUAGCAGCAAAUCAAAUUUACGAGAGAAAAUCUGAGGGACGUUUGCCAAUCCGUUGGAUGGCACCGGAAAGCCUUUACGACAAUAUAUUCUCCGUUAAAUCGGAUAUAUGGAGUUUUGGUGUUCUCAUCUGGGAAAUAGUGACACUGGGUUCUACACCUUAUCCGGGUCUCGCUGCUGCUGAGGUAAUGCGAAGGAUAAAAGAGGGCUACAGACUGGACAGACCGGAGCACUGCAAGCGUGAGCUUUAUAAUAUAAUGUAUUAUUGCUGGGACAAAGAUCCAGCAUGCAGACCAUCUUUUGGUGAGCUCGUAAAUCUAGCGGAGGGUCUUUUGCUCGAUGAGACGGACUACAUCGAGCUGGAUAGGUUCCCGGACCAUUCAUAUUAUAACGUUUUAAAUUUAAGUGGCGAAAAGCUAUGAUAUCACCGAUGAUUAUCGCCAGGAAUGCAAUAUUUAUGUACCACAUUAAUCGAGUGCGCGAUCGAUUCGAGCUCAAUGAUAAAAAAGCGGUCAAAACCAACGAAAAGACGAAUAAAAAUGUCUGGCUAGCCGAAAGACUCGAUUAUUCCGCAACGUCAGAUAUUAAUAUCGGCAUCUCGUUGAAAAUGGCUUUAUCAAAUGACAUUUUAAAUAUCAGAUAGGCCAGUGCGUACGAAAACUUCGAGAGUGCGAAUUUCUGUUACCUAAUUUUUCAAAAACACAUUAUUAUCGCUAUCGAAUUGUGUGAAAACUAAUUUUCUCAUCGAGCGUUGUGUAUAUAUAUAUAAAAUGUGAUUUCAUUAAGUUAUUGCGAAAAAUACUGUCACCGUAUGUUUCCGAACAUAAUAUAAUAAAUAAUAUUUUAAUUUUUCUACGUCAA